AUAAUAACAAUAGACAUCGUAACGAAGUGUAUGACACGUGGGAUGAGAGGUGUUGUAGAAGGUUUGGGAAUGGAGGAGUAACCACUGAAGAAUUCCAGAAAAGUCUAGACCCCACACUCACACCUUUCAUUCUUUCUUUUUCUAUAAACCCCAACGCAACGCACCAAAUUCACCACCUCGCACGCGCCAUCCUCAUCUCCAUUUUUUUCAUCUCUGCAAUUCGAUUCCAUAGCAUAGCUUCGCAUCUUCCAUGGCGGGACACAAGUUGUUGAAGAGGAAAGGAAGCGUCGAUGAAGUCAGCGACGAUUUCUCCGAUUUCUCUCUCUCUUCUCCGGCUACCAAGAUUCGCCGUCUCGAUGCUGAGUUGCCGCCAAUUGUCGAAGAAGAGGAACCUUUACCUUUACCUAACCAAGAGAGGGCUCUCGUGCUCUUCAAGCCCCCCUCCUCUUUCUCUCUCACUCUCAAUUCUCACCUUAUAUCUGCAAUUAAGAACAAUCAAUAUCCUUGGUCCAAACAACGUGAUUCUGAUUGUGACCGCUUAAUAGAGUCACAAUCACGAGAAGAGAACAAUGGUGAAUUGGCUCUUGUGCCUUGGGUACCCUCACCAUCUUCUCGAUUCACCGUUGUUGAUGAUGAUUCUGAGAACUCCAAUGCGGAGUUGAUGGAAGCUGAUGAAACGGAAGGAGUGGGAUCUAUGAUGAUGGAUGUAGAAGAAGAAGAUGCUGGAGGAGCUGGUAACUCUACAGCUUUGGAUUCGACCAUGCAUUACCCAACGGCACUGAAUCUACACCAACAGCAGCAUCAAGGAAUAACGGAAGGGUUACAGCAACACUGCUUUUUACCCCAUUUUGUUCAGAACACCUCAACUCCAAUCACUUGGACACGUUGAGAAUCAUACGUUACAUACCACACUACUUCUUGUGUGUUGUUGCACAAGCUUAUACCCUAUUUAGCAUUUGCUAGAAUAGAGUAGAAUCAACUAGACCUUAGAUUGUAUUGCAAUUUUGAGCAGAAGUGGAUUGGUGGUGGUCUAUGAAUGACGGUGACAAAAUGGGAUGUCGAUUGUUGUCCCUGUUGAAAAAGCCAUCCAAGUGUAUUAACGAAAUUAAUGUGUAUAUGAUUUUCGUCGCUUUCUUUGAGUUGUCUUCCAAGUUUCAAAAGUGAUUCAAUUUUUGAGAUUCGCACUGGUGCAAUGGCAUCAUCUUUGGAUAAGGAGUCUGUUCUGUCUGUGUUUGCACUGGGAUUGAACUCUAUUUUAUGGUACAUAUUAUACAGUUGUCUCAGUAUUAAAAUUU